AUGGCGGAAGCUUUUAUUGGCCUUGGAGUACGUGUUGAGCUCAACAAUAGUUCUUCUUUAGAAGGAAUUGUGUCACAUAUCGAUUCACAUACGCACUUAUUAACACUUAAAAACGUAAAACUUGACAAUAAAGAAAGUGGUCGUACUCAACAGCUCGCCAUAUAUGGUGUGUCCGGGACAGAUAUCAAAGAUAUACAGAUUCUUUCGAAUCAACAAAAUACAUUUCAACAACAACGACCGGCACAACCUUCUCAAAACAACGUAAAGAAUACGGGAGAUGCUAAGCCAUUUUCGAAAAGCAAUACACCUGAUUUAAACAAUAAUGAGAUAACUCAAAGCCAGAUGCUCACUACGGCUUUGUUACCUAGAUCACCUUUUACAGACCCUGCAAUAAUCUAUCAACUUCAUUAUCAGCAAAUUGUGCAAGAUUCUCGUAACCCCUCGAAAACAAUCCGGACGGCAUCAACAGGAGACAGUGAUUCUAAAUACGAAGAAGAGUUACAUUCGAAUGCUGGCGAAUACGAAAGAAAUUCAAAGAACUCAUCCAAUGGUAACAAUCAUAAUGGAGAUUAUUCGAGCGAAGUCGAGUCUGAUAGUGCAGUAUUUGGAAAAAACAAGUCCUCGAGAAGAAAAAAGAGCCACAACACAAAUGGUUAUUAUCAUAAUAAUAGAAUGCCUCAAUCGCCAGGUACCAAAAUUUGCAAUUUUACCAAUACCACUUU